AUGACCAAUUACACCAUGGUGACUGAGUUUCUCCUGGAAAGCUUUGGUGUUGAAUGGAAACUACGGUUACUGAACUCCGUGCUGUUUCUACUCAUGUACUUGAUCACACUUUUAGGGAAUCUACUCAUCAUUGUUGCCACCACACUGGACAAGAACCUUCACACACCCAUGUACUUCUUCCUCAGAAAUUUGUCCAUGUUGGACAUUUGCUACAUAUCUGUCACUGUCCCCAAUGCCUGUAUCACCUCUCUCAGCAACUACAGGGCUAUUUCUGUAAUGGGGUGUGCAACUCAAGUAUUCUUGGUCAUUUACUUUGCCAUUGUGGAGAUUAUGUUUCUCACCAUCAUGGCCCAUGACCGCUAUGUGGCCAUCUGCCAGCCCCUACACUACCCAGUUAUCAUGAGCCACCAAUUCUGUGUCCGGAUGACAGUCCUCUCCUUGUUCAGUGGUCUGGUCUAUUCAGGUGUGCACACUGGCAACACAUUCCGGCUGUCCUUCUGUCAGUCCAAUGCUGUCAAUCAGUUCUUCUGUGACAUACCCUCUCUGCUACUGUUAUCAUGCUCUGACACCACCAGCAAUCAGAUUUUGAUUCUUAUCUCAGCAAUUGUAGUUUGUGGAGGCUGUUUUAUUUUCAUCGCUGUAUCAUAUAGUCGCAUAUUUUCUACUGUGUUCAAGUUUUCAAAAAGAGAGAGAGGAAAGGCCUUUUCUACCUGUAUUCCUCAUAUCAUUGUGGUUUCUGUUUUUCUUACCUCUAUAUCUUAUGUAUAUUUAAAGCCUUCUGCCACCUCUGAAACCAUUCAGGAUAUUAUUCCUUCUGUGCUUUAUACCAUAGUUCCUCCACUUUUGAAUCCUGUCAUCUAUAGUCUUAGAAACAAACAAGUAAAGGAAGCUGUAAGGAAAGUGUUACUUAGAAGAGUUUUUACAGGGAAAUGGUAA